GUACUACGCUAUCAAACAAUACGCCGCGAGACAUUCGAACGAAUUAGGGCACACAUCAGAACGGAGCCUGCAUAACGAGCCCGCUCUGCGGAAACCGUACUCGGUGCGGCGGCGGAGCUACGAUGAGUCGCGGGUCUAGCGGUGCAGGAGCGGUGGUGAAGGGUGCCAAGAAGAAGGGUUCGACCUUCGUGAUCGAUUGCGCAAAGCCGGUUGAGGAUAAAAUUAUGGAUAUCGCCUCGCUGGAGAAGUUUCUCCAGGAACGGAUCAAGGUUUCAGGCGGUAAGGCCGGCGCUCUGGGCGACUCCGUAACAGUCACCAGGGACAAGAGCAAGAUCACUGUGACCUCAGAGGGCCCCUUCUCAAAGAGGUACUUGAAAUACUUGACAAAGAAAUUCCUGAAGAAACACAAUGUUCGCGAUUGGCUCCGAGUGAUUGCUUCGAACAAAGAUCGAAGUGUGUAUGAGCUCAGAUACUUCAACAUCGCGGAGAACGAAGGGGAGGAGGAAGACUAAUCUUGCAAUUGCUCUUGCAAUCCACAAGUUCUGUUUUAUUAAGAGUUUCCGAGUUACUAGAAAGUUGGCAUUUCAUCUGCAGUCUGUCUUGAUAUACUGGAGUGUUUGGCCUUUCGUUAAAUCUUUUAGUAUCAACAUUACUUUGGCUCAUUAAUUUGGUCUCUCUACUCUGGUCAGUUCAUUUCAUUAAAAAUAUUUUGUAGUAUCUCUUUUCACUAUUCUCCAAUCAAUUAAAAAUGCAACUGUUUCACGAUGAGAAUUUAAUAUU